AUGCCAAAGGCUUGGAAGAACAAGCCGAAGUCCAAGCGUCAGAAGACCGCCUCGCAUUCGCCAGCAUCCGCUCGUUCUCGCUCCAGCCUGGCUUCUGGCCACUCGACGUCUCGGCCGCCUGCGCGUUCCCCUUCGGCGGCUCACACCAAAUCGCCGAGUCACCCGAGAUCUCGUUCGCACUCUAUGUCCAGCCGUCCGGCCAAGUCUAAGUCUCCCGCAUCUCCACCGUCCGCUCCAGCUACCCCUCCCAAGGCUGAGCCGUCGAAGGACGACCAACCUCCUGAGGUCGUGGACUUAACGAAAGAUGAGAGUGACGAGGACAUGGAGGGGGAACCAACUACAGUUCCGACGGGGUCCGAGGACACGGAGGUGACUCGCCCAGCUUCACCGACACUUCCGGCAACUUCCCAGCGCAGUAACGUGGCUUCUCCACCGUCGCUCGCUCCUUCGCCGCCGGCUGAUGCUUCCCCACAAGCUCCUACUUCUUACGAGCUCGAGAUGCAGUUACUAUUUGGAUCUGACGACGAUGGGGAUGCUCCAAGCGGUUCGAAGGCGUCUCAUGAACCUGCGGGGCUGAUGUCACCUUAUCGUUCGUCCUCUGAUGAAGAUACUCCGUCGCCUCCCAAGCGUUCGGACAGCACACCAAUCUCCAAGCAACCUUCGGUUCCACCUUCUCAAUCUCCUGAUUCUUCCGAUAGCGACGAAGGCGGCUCCAGCAAUGGUUCUCACGACGGUGAUGGAGCUGGUGGAGAUGAUUCUCAUGACGACGAGCCUUCGUUCGAUUUUCCUUCUGGUGAUACUGCUGGUGAUGAAGAUAUUCUGCCAUCGACCGACGUUUCUCGAGCAUCCGCUGUUGUCGAGGGUUCUGUUACUGGUGUUCCGACGACUACUUCCCUGGGAGCUCCCCGAAGCUCCGAAUCGUCUCCUCUGGUUGCUGAUUCCGCAUCUCGUGAAACCUCGUCCGGGGCGCCUCAAGCUUCGUCUCCAAUGUCAAGAGUUCUCACGAGUCCAACGACUACUCGUCAUCAUCCUCCGCCUCCGGG